AUGAUGAAAGUACUCUUAUUGAUUUCUUUCAUAAUCACAGCCGUCGUCCUGUGCCUGCUGGUGGCGCUCUGCAGCGCUGCCCCCUCCACGAGGUCCCACUUGCCCAGACCGCGCCUCGAUGGCCGCAUCGUGGGCGGCGAGGCUGUAGACAUCUCGCAGUACCCCUGGCAGCUGUCGCUGCAGUGGCUGGGCUCGCACUUGUGCGGCUCCUCCAUCAUCAUCUCCACGUGGGUGCUGACGGCGGCGCACUGCCUUGAAGACAGCAUACUCUACGUCCUGUCCAUCAGGGCCGGAACAUCCACUCAAGGAAGUGGCGGAACUGUGUGCGAUAUUGCUGAAGCAUAUUACCACAGAUCUUAUGACACCGACACCAUGGACUACGACAUCGGUGUCAUCCAGAUUGACGGAUCAUUCUCCUUCGACAGCGACGUUCAGGCGGUUACCCUCGGCACGACGGAGCCAUCUGCAGGCACAGCGGUGACCAUCACGGGCUGGGGCGACCUGUCCUCCGGAGGCUCCUCCCCCACACAGCUGCAGGCGGUCACCACGUCCAUCGUGGCCCGUGCCUCCUGCAACAUAGCCUACGGCGGUGGGAUGACUCAGCGCAUGAUCUGCGCAGGAGAAGACGAGGGCGGCAAGGACUCGUGCCAGGGCGACAGCGGCGGACCCCUGGUGGAAGGAUCCACCCAGUACGGCAUCGUCUCCUGGGGCAGAGGAUGCGCUCAGCCCGGCUACCCUGGCGUCUACGCCAACGUGGCCAAUCUGCGGACCUGGGUAUCCGAAGUAACUGGUGUCUAG